GCUGGCGUUGGCAUGCUCAAUCUUGAGUUACGGUCUUAAGACUAACGAUUCUGGUUUUCCUAGAAAAAAAAUUCGACAACCGCUCUUCCGAUCAGUGACCUCUGCACCACGCGAAUACCUCGAGGAAAUCCACUCGGUUCCCUGGAUUUUGCCUGGAAUAAAAUAAUUGUUGGAUAUGACGGAGUCUACAGAAUCUGCCAACCCACCUGGCGAGUCGGCCCAGCAGCAGUCGACCGAGUCGCAGAAUGUCCCAACCGCGGAGACAACGAGCGCACCGGCCGCUACAGAAUCGUCCAUUCCAGCGCUACCGACAAUAGAUUCGAGUUUGCCAGCUAUUGAUAAGACCAUGCCACCCAUGGAUUCGUCAUUACCCGCGUUCGAUUCAUCCUUACCGGCCUUCGAUUCAUCGGUACCAGCGCUGCCAUCGAUCGAUACUUCCUUGCCUCCGCUGGAUACGACACUACCUGCUGAGGUCAAUCUACAUACGGACCACUCAUUCUUCUCUGAGCUGAGACACGACGAUACUCAAGGUGCACAGUCGGAGGCUUCUACAUCUGCGCCUGGAGAGUCCAACGGUGACCUGCAGCAGGCAGAUUCGUCUCAUGAAUCGACCCCUGCAAAUCAAACAAAUCAGCCGGCUUCUAAUGGCACCUACCAAUACCCUCAGCAGCAGCCACCGCAGCAUCAAGCUCCACUACCGCAGCCGCAAGGCCAGGAGCAACAACCGCAACAACCGCAACAACCACAAGCACAGCAAAGUCAACAGCCGCAACCACAGACGCAGCCGCAGCAACAAUAUCAACAAUAUCAGCCACCACAACAACAAACACAGCCGCAGCCGCAGUAUCAACCGCAGCAACAACCACAGCAGUAUCAACAAGCUCCCCAGCAACAAUAUCAACCACAGCAGCAGUACCAGCAACCGCAACAACCGCAGCAAUAUCAGCCGCAAUAUCAACAGCAAGGCAGCCCACAAGGAGGUCAACCCAUGAAUACCGGUACCAUGGAUCACAAUGGUGUCCAAGGGCAGCAGGCGCAUGUCCCCCAGGCCCCUAUUGGGUCCCCCAUGCCGUCAAACUCGCCGCCAAUGUCUUCGGCAGGUCAAUAUAUGACAGGUUACCCGACGAAUGUGUCGCAAAUGAACAACGCCCAGAUGCGCUACCAGCUCCCAGGAGACCCUAAUAAAAUGAUGUCGAGCAGACACAAGAAGGAGGUCAAGCGCAGAACGAAGACCGGUUGUCUGACAUGUCGCAAGCGAAGAAUCAAGGUAUGUGACGAAUAGAAAUCUUGAACAUUUGCAAAACCCUAGAUAUGACGGUCGUUUGGACAAGCGAUGCGGGCGCGGGGAUCUCUCGCUUGUUCUGCAAAUCGCCCACCGCAAACCCCGCUAUUCUUGUCGCCCGCGCUGGCCGAGUCGCUUGUUUUUCCUUCCUCACUUUUUUAAUCAUUCACCCUUUUGCCUUUUUUUUCUUUCUUAUUUUUUCUUUUCUCUGGGUUGGUUGCUUAUUGUCGCGUCUUUUCUAAUUGCAUUUCUUUUUAUUGUCUCUUCUAGUGCGACGAAGGGCAUCCUGUUUGUCGAAACUGCGUCAAGAGUAAACGAGACUGUUUAGGUUACGACC